CGCACAGAGUCGGAGAUGCCGCAAAGCCCCAUCGUCCACGGAUUUUUAAAGACCGCGUUUGCUUCCAACAAUAUCAUCCAAUUGAAGAGCAACACAGCUAAACGCGCUGAACCAACGGCCAUCGUAGGAGCGAAGGCAAAUCAUUAGUAGGAGAAGAAGGAUAACGACGGCAUCGUCUAACUGCAACAAAAAAUAGAUACUGGGUUGCGGGUCAAAGAGUUUAACCCCUAAUCUGCCGUUUGGGAAGGCAAUCGAAGCGGCGUAGCGUCUUGGUGAAAUGUGAGCAGACCAGGUCGGUGAUCGUUUUCCGUGAUUUUCAAUGUGGUUACGACUGCAGUCGACUCGCUCGUUGCAGCUAGCUCGGUUCAGCAGCUUUGAUGCAGCAGCGACCGGUUGUCGUGUUCAAAUCCACCACCGGAUCAGGGAAGACAAUAGGUGAAAUACACGCCGCUGUGGACUCCCAAGACUACACUCAACGAGAGUCUGCAUUCGUUGGGGCUUUUCAAGUGUCCCCGUGAAGAAUCAGGUUAGAGAGCGAAGCGUCAGCCAGGAGGCAGCUGCAUCAGGAUGGCGGCCGUUGUGAACUAUUCUCCUCCUUGGUGGGUGAAUCUCCUCCACCGGUUGCCUCAUUUCAACCUGGAAUUUCAAGUAGUGAGCAGUGACUUCAGACCGGAGGACUCUGAGUACCAGAAGUCCGUUUUGCUCAUUGGCUCUUUGGCUUUGGUGUGUUUGGGCCUGGACCUCCUCUUCCUCCUCUUCUACUCCUUCUGGCUUUGCUGCAGAAGACGCAAGAGUGACGACUCCUCGCACUCCCAUACACACUCCCAGCAGCCUAGUGCUGACUGCUGCUGCACUGCUUGGUGCGUCAUCAUUGCUACGCUCGUCUGCAGCGCUGGCAUCGCUGUAGGAUUCUAUGGAAAUGGGGAGUCGAGUGAUGGAGCCAAUCGUUUGGCAUACUCCCUUCGUCAUGCCAACCGCACUGUAUCUGGGGUGGAGAAACUGGUGUCUGACAAUGCCUUAGCCUUAAACCAGACAGUGGAGGAGAACUUGGCCCAGUUAGAGACAGCCUUCCAGGAUCAGACAGACUAUGUUUCUAUUGUCCAAAAGCUGCAGGGACAACUGGAUGAGCUGGUGAGACUGAUGGCUGAUGUUCCUUUUUGGUCCAACACUGACAUUUCUCUGGAGGACUUGGCCCGAAAAACAGAGACAUUUGACUUUUACAGGUGGUUGGGGUACCUUGGCCUGCUGCUGUUUGACGUUCUCAUUUGUCUUCUGGUGCUCUUUGGUCUGAUACGUAACUCUAGAAGCACUCUGAUUGGAGUAUGUCUGCUCGGGGUUCUGACUCUAAUAAUCAGCUGGGGGUCUUUGGGCCUGGAACUGGCUGUCUCUGCUUCAGCCAGCGACUUCUGCGUUUCCCCGGAUACCUACAUCACCAGGGUAACCAAAGAAAAUGCUGUUAUCAACCAAGAUAUCCUGCAGUAUUACCUGAGGUGCAGCUCUGGACAAAUUAACCCCUUCCAGCAGAGACUGUCGGGGAGUCACAAAGCAUUGGUGGAGAUGCAGGAUGAUGUGGCAGAGCUUCUGAGAUCAGCAACACGUGACCAUGCCAACACCAAGGGGAGUCUCGAGCAAAUCCAGUCAGUGCUGAAUUCUACUGAGGUUGGUCUUCACCAGCUGACAGCUCUGGUUGACUGCCGCAGCCUACAUAUGGACUACGUCCAAGCUUUGACCGGGCUGUGUUAUGACGGGGUGGAGGGUCUCAUCUACUUGGUUCUGUUCUCCUUUGUCACUGCUCUGAUGUUUUCUUCUAUUGUGUGCAGUGUGCCACAUACCUGGCCUGGCAAGAGGACGGAUGAGGAGGACGGAGAGGACGAGUCGGGUGCCUCACGGGGUGGUGUGCACGAUAACCUGUACCGCGUUCACAUGCCCAGUCUCUACAGCUGUGGCUCCAGCUACGGUAGCGAAGCUAGCCUGCCUGCCACAGCCCACACUGUCAGCAAUGCCCCCGUCACUGAAUACAUGAGCCAGAACGCAAACUUUCAGAACCCUCGGUGUGAGAACACCCCCUUGAUUGGCAGGGAGUCCCCUCCACCCUCUUACACCUCCAGUAUGAGAGCAAAGUACCUGGCCACCAACCGACCAGACCAAAAUCGGCGCUCCGUUCCCAACGACCAACUUGAUCCAGCUAGUCGGCCUCACGCCGCCGCCCGACCACAGUCCUCAGUCCACUAAAGACCAGUUUAACCCAGUGAUGCCUCAGUCCAGUUCUCACAGCCAAUAGCAAAAUCCAACACAGCGCUCACACCAGGGCUCAACCAGCGCUGAGUGCGUUUAAGCACCAGCAAGUCUCAGUUUCUCAAGGUCCACUGAAUUUAACCACCAGUUCAUCAGAAACACCACAGCAAGUUGGAACUCAUUAGCCAGACACCACAGCAAAUGACUGCACUUUGAAAGUCAACUUCUCAUCUACAUUUGUCUUUUAAAAAAUCAUCCUAGAAGAGCAUUAUCUCUGCUUCUCUUCUUAAAGGACGCACACACUCAGUUGUUUUUUCCACCACUGCCGUGACGGAUUGGCUCACGUUCCCACAAUGCAAAGCAACAGAAGCACCUUGACACAGUUUCUUCAAGUUUCCUAAUCUACUCCUCAGAUUUCUCCCUCUCCACUGGGAUCUGUAUGCGGUCUUCCCAUGGAGGCAUCUGGGCCACUCCAACCUCUCAACUCCAGGACACUUUAACAUUCAGACCACACAUACACACACAAAUUCAUACACAAACACACAUACACUGUACAGAGCUGUAAAUAGUGAACAUGUGCUUUACUCUAAUUUCAUAAAAAGUAGACUGUUGAAUCCUUACUGGUUAUGUGGUGUUCUGCGUGUUUAUCAUGGAAAUUAUUUGCUGUAUCUCUUGUACAAACACACACACAUAAACAAACACAAGCUGGCAGAUAGACUAACCGAAUACUCAUGCAUAAAAAUAAUAAGCCAGUGAAACAGAAAGCCAUGUUUAGAUAAGAAGUGAACUGUGCCACCACAUUCCUUCUUUAAGUUAACAUUGUUGUCUCAGACUUGAAAUGUGAACUCAAAAAAUGGUGUACACGUCUCUUUCCAUACUUGUUUACGUACACAUGCCGUAGGCACAUUGAUUCAUGCAUUUCUAAACAUGAUCCAGGAAUGCUGUUGUGAAAUAACUGUUAGGAUUUUGGAAAAUGCAGUCAGAGACAAUGGACGUAAGAAGGUUCAACCUGUGCCAAAAAAACUGAAAAACAUAACGAAAGAUGCCUGAUUCUGUCCUCAUCUCCUACUGCCUCCAGUCUCAUGAAAAGGGAAAUAAAACUCCAAAUGGAAUCAUUUCCCCCUUGACUGGCGAUAAGGGAACAGGAGAGACUUGAAAACGGAAGCGACGGACAGAUAAUUGUGACUUAACAUUUGUCAGGUGCUAUGUAAAGCUGUCAAGGUUUCAGAAGAUGAUCAGGACUGAAAGGGACAGGAUUUUUUCCCCCCAUUUUUUUUCCUGUUCAGAAAAUGGAAAGCAGCAAGAAAUUAGCUUUCCUUUACGACUGAAUGAAAAUGGUGUCUUGAAACCUGAAAAAAUUAUGUUAAAAAUGUGUCAAGGAAAGUGUUUUUUUUUUAACUGUAAGUUGAUUUUCAGGACAUGAUACUGUGACCAACUGUAGUAUUUAGUUUCUGCUACUAUACUACAUCCCUCUUAGUUGAUUUUAGGGGGAUCUGGAUUGGAUCAUCAAGAAUAAACCUUUGUCUUUUUCCCCUCUUUUUUUUUUUUUUUUUUUUUUUUUACACACAAGCACAAUAUCUGUUCAAAAUGACUUAAUGAAAUGGAGAAGUAAAACUCACUGCCUGGGACACUGCCGGAUGCUUUUCCUCCUGCUCUGAAACUGUGUACAGUGUAAAAAAAACAAAACAAAAACGGUAGUCGUGAAUCUGUGUGUGUGACAUCACUGUAACCUGACUGACUAUUGCUCUAUCUCAGUGUUACUCUGUGUGAGUACAAUUGAUGGGUGUUUCUGACUGGCUGCAAGCGAGGGUCAGCCUACCUAGCCUGAGUCAUGUCCACGCCGCUGCGCACACAGAAACGCACAUGUAUACAGUAUAUGCACUCAUACACACACACAGUAUCAUUCAGAAUCUAUCUUUCCAUACUUUUGCCUGUUUACAUUCACAUCUAGAGCUGUAGUUACUGCACACACUCCCCACACUGAUUUGCAUUAUGAGUGAUGUAGUAAGUUGUGACUGCAUUUCACAAUAAACCAGAAUCUUGUAGUUAGCCGAGUGAGCAGAGCCCUAACAUUCAAAUAUUGCUCCAACCUCCCUUCCUGUACAGCAUUUUAAUAUUAUACAAUUAAUCAAUGACCACUUCUCGUAUUAGCGAGACAAUCUUACAUGUGUGAUUUUACUAGAAAGGAAAUGUCCAUGUUAUGGUAACAAUGCUACCUAUGGUCUAGUACUUUAUAGUGUUUCCUUGCACCAUUGAUGCAAACAGUGUUAAGAUCUGUGGGACAAGUCACUGAUUAGUGGCCUUUCAUGUUUUUAAGCUCUUAAAACACUUCAUAUCCCAACAUGUUUUCUUUUUCUCUGUCUUGUAAAAAAUCAGACUUAAAAAAUAAAGUAAUAGCUAGCUGUUUUGUAGGAGAAUAAAGGCAAGAGCAACUUUUUCCUCUCUUAUUAAUGGUGAAUGACUGUCUUGCAAUGUUUUAAUAAGACUAUUCCAGUGUCGUCUCCACACCUGACUUUAAGCUGUAUUUGAGGUUCUGUAAAAUUCUUUCAUCAAUCUGUUAAAUCGCCUCUUGGUGAUAAAAAGUAAUGAAAAUGCUCAUGGUUAAAGGGUCAGUAAUGUGUGUGUUUGUGUAUGUGUGUGUGUGUGUGUGUGUGUGUGUGGUACUUCCAGGACUUCAAAUACAGCUGCAUCCAGUUGUGACAGACAAACAAUGUUUUCUAUGGCUGUUUUUAUUUUCUGAUGGUUUAACUAAGAUAUUAAUGAUAUACAUGUCAAAACUGUGGUAAUGAUAUUCAGCCUGGAAUAAAUGUUUAAGAAAAGAAAUUAAAGCAACCUUAACUUACUGA